AUGGCGUACCCCCAGACAAUAUCUGAUGGUCGGACCUGUGUGAGUUGCUUUAGCCCUGCCGCGUCUCAGUCGAUUCUCCAUGCGGUACCGUGUGGCCAUGUCUUCUGCGAGUCCUGCAUCUUCAAGCGUUGCUCUCUUGCGCUAAAGGAUCGCACUCUGAUUCCAGCGCACUGCUGCGGUUUGGAGUUCCCAACCGAGUACGUCAAGGAGGCGCUAGGGUCAGUGAACUUCACGACGUACUCCCGGUUCCUGCACGACCGCCAAUGGAAAGGCACCACGCUCCGCUCGGAUGUCCAGUACGCUGCUAUGGUCAAGCGAAUCGGCGGGAUGCAGUGCCCAAGAUGCGGCGUCGGCGUCACGAAGAUUUCCGGAUGUGAGACCAUGACGUGCCUCUGCGGCAACCAGUUCCUCUACUUGUACUGA